AUGUUAGGUAAUAAUCAUUUCACUUAUGAAGAAUUAUCGACAUUGUUCGUUCAAAUCGAGGCAAUAUUGAAUUCGAGACCCCUCACUCCACUCUCAUCGGAUCCUUCAGACCUUUAUCCCUUGACUCCUGGGCAUUUCCUGAUCAGCAGACCUCUUACUUCGCUGCUCUUACCACCACUGCUCGAGAGUAAAGCUAGCCAAUUGAACACAUUUCAACAUAUCGAGAACCUGAGACAGCGUUUUUGGGAGAGAUGGCGUCACGAAUUCCUAUGUGAACUACAACAACGAUCCAAGUGGCGAAUCAACAAAGGACAACUAUUGCUAGGAGACAUGGUCAUCCUCAAGGAGGCCAACCUACCCCCUUUAAAAUGGCGAAUGGGCCGCAUACACCAGCUCUACCCUGGACCUGACGGAGUCGCUCGCGUGGCAGAUGUUACAACAUCGAAAGGCAUAAUACGUUGCGCCGUGAGCAACCUUUGUCCCCUACCUACUGCGCAGACAGAUGAUCAGCAGAUGAUGGCUUCUCCUCGAAAUCCUACGGUCUUCAAGAUAGAAGAUAGAGAUACGGGGGGAAGAUGUUCGCGCCGAUAA